AGGGUGUUAAGAGCAGCAGGAUAUAGGAAGACUAAGCUAACAAGGAAGCCUAGGUUAACACAGGAGAUAAGGAGUGUAAUGGGCGGGCCCAACGGGCCGAGCGUACGACUACUUACGCCAUCCAUAGCCAAAAAGGCAGUAACAAGACUUCAAGCUUCUUGA